AUGACAGUUCGCCGCGUGUCCUGUGUCCCCUAUUCUCUUCACCCCGCCACACACAGUUCCUUCGGGGACCUGGCAUCCUCCCUCACAGCCCUCCGUGAGAUCUUCACUCCGGCUCCAUCCAUCAACCUUCCCAAGGCCGCUGCCGAGACCCAACCCCCGCCCCCCCCUCCAGAUCUCCCCCUUAAAGUCACCCUUACAUACUCCCUGUUAACAUGGGCCCCGUCUGCUCCUCUGUCUUCGUCCGCCGACACCGCCAUUAAGCCGCUGUAA